GAUGGCGGCGGAGGCGUCAUGCUCGGUGGAGCUGGAGCGGCUUGACUUCUUGCGGGAUCGGCAUGUGCGCUUCUUCCAGCACUGUCUCCAUAUCGUGCCCGAGCGCUACUCGUCGCUGGAGACCAGCAGGUUGACAAUUGCAUUUUUCGCACUCUCUGGUCUGGAUAUGUUGGAUUCCUUAGAUGUGGUGAACAAAGAUGAUAUAAUAGAAUGGAUUUAUUCCCUGCAGGUCCUUCCCACAGAAGACAGAUCAAACUUGAAUCACUGUGGAUUCAGAGGCUCUUCAUAUUUAGGGAUGCCAUUCAAUCCCUCCACGGGUCCAGGUAUACCUCAUCCCUAUGAUAGCGGGCACAUAGCAAUGACUUACACGGGUCUAUCAUGUCUGGUUAUUCUUGGAGAUGAUUUAAGUCGAGUAAAUAAGGAUGCCUUACUGGCAGGACUGAGAGCUCUCCAGCUUGAGGAUGGAAGCUUCUGUGCAGUGCUGGAAGGAAGUGAGAAUGAUAUGCGGUUUGUGUACUGUGCUUCCUGCAUCUGCUACAUGCUUGAUAACUGGUCUGGCAUGAACAUGAAAAAAGCUAUAGACUACAUUAGAAGAAGUAUGUCAUAUGAUAAUGGCCUGGCACAAGGAGCUGGACUGGAAUCUCACGGUGGCUCUACGUUUUGUGGUAUUGCAUCGCUGUGUUUGAUGGGUAAGCUGGAAGAAGCAUUUUCAGAAAAAGAACUGAACAGAAUAAGAAGAUGGUGUAUAAUGAGACAACAGAAUGGCUACCAUGGACGACCCAACAAACCUGUAGACACUUGCUAUUCCUUUUGGGUGGGAGCAACAUUGAAGCUCUUGAACAUAUUCCAGUAUACAGACUUUGAGAAAAACCGAAAUUAUAUCCUUUCAACUCAAGAUCGCCUUGUUGGUGGAUUUGCCAAGUGGCCAGAUAGUCACCCAGAUGCUUUGCACACCUACUUUGGGAUUUGUGGAUUGUCAUUAAUGGGAGAAUCUGGUAUUUGCGAAGUUGAUCCCGCCCUGAAUGUGAGCACAAGAGCCUCAGCGCGCCUUCACCACCUUCAUCACAUCUGGAAUAAGGACUGUAAGCCAAGAUCAGACAACACAGGCCUCUCUACAUGACUGAUUUAGACUUGAAUUUUGUUCUGGUAGCAUAAUGGUAGCCCAAGGUUAAAAGCCAUGUAUGACCAAUGUGCUCUUUUAAGUGCUGGAGUCUUACAAUCAGAUCUGUGUUGCUGACAUCACUUCUGUAGGGAGUUGCCUUCAGCAGAUUAUUCUGCAUCAUGAAAAAAGGAGUGAAAAAUGGAGAUAUUUUAAUUAUGUAGAAAUUUGUCACUGCAAACUGUAAAUGGCUUUUCCAAUGGCUUUACUUCUGAGAACCCCCUUGAGGCAUU